AUGGCCGCUAAGUCGGAUGGAGCAGCGGUGUCUGUGGAAGAUGACAACACGCCCAGGAGCCUCUCGGAACCGGGGAACCCCGCCGCCCGGCCCCGCUGCAGCGCCACCGGCGGGAAACCCUACACCCUGCUGGACUGCUGCUGGGUGCUCUGCGCCCUGCUCGUCUUUUUCUCCGACGGAGCGACCGACCUGUGGCUGGCCGCCGACUACUACCUGAGAGGUGACAAAUGGUGGUUCGGCUUGACGCUCGUAUUCGUCGUGGUGCCUUCCGCUGUGGUCCAGGUAUUGAGUUUCAGGUGGUUCGUGUAUGACUACUCGGAUCUGAGCUGCGGGGAUGGAGCAGCGAGCGGCAGCGGGACCGGCGCGGUGGCGGCAGGCGCGGCAGGCGGCGCAGCCACGGCGGGCGACAACACUUUAAGCACCAAGGACAGCGACCAGCGCGGUGGGAGCGCGGCGGCGUUGAACACCGCAAAUGCUACCCCGGUUAACACGUCCUCUGCCCCGCCUGCGACGGCAGGAAGAGUCGGGGGCCCCCGGAGGUGCUGCACCGUCUGCAUGUGGGUCUUUCAAACCGUACUUCACGUCAUGCAGCUGGGGCAAGUCUGGAGAAGGCCAGGUAGGGAGACGGAGCACAGGCAGAUGGACGGGCAGAUGGACGGACAGAUGGACGGACAGGAGGACGGACAGGAGGACGGACAGGAGGACGGACAGAUGGACGUACAGGAGGACGGACAGAUGGACGGACAGGAGGACGGACAGGAGGACGGACAGGAGGACGGACAGAUGGACGGACAGGAGGACGGACAGGAGGACGGACAGGAGGACGGACAGAUGGACUGUGUGCGCAGGAUCAGAGAUGACAUCAUAAUGAGGUAA